UUGCGGUCCAAUUCACAAUCCAGGUCACUUGAGAUACCAGUACGUGUACAAUGGACCACUCUGCUUUCAUCCAACUUUUCCAAGCAAAUGACAAUUUUGGUAUUCCGAAUGAAAUUGUCUUUGUUGAUGGGGAACAGACGAUUCCCCAGACACUUCCAAAUCCAGCCAGUGGGGAGACAGCCGUUACUCAUGAAAGGGAUGUGACUGUUCCCCAGGAGAGGGAAGUGUGUCCGGUAACAGAGCUGUGUACAGUACAAGUCCUGACUAUCUCAAUGAAGGACAACAUGCCAGAGCUAAGUGAGGUCACCAUCCCAAACGCUCUUGCGUCAUCGUUACGCCUCUCCUGUAAAGUCUGCGAGAAAGACUUUGCGAGCUUCCCGGACUUCCAACAGCAUGCCAAGACACAUGUGGAGAGUGCCAAGCCUGAGUCUGAUCUCGCAACCACACCGGAUGAAAGUGGCGAUGAGAACUCCGUCAACGACUUUCAGUCCGAUUUUCAGGAUGAGUCCACCUCACACUCUUUACACUCAGAGUCUUCCCAGAUGGAGGCCAUUGCAAGGGAGUUAAUUGGCUUAGCAUCAAGUCCACAGACAAAGGCGCUGGAACACAAUGACGCGUCCAGCUCGUUUAAGUCCUCUCCUCAGUCUGUUGUGAAGGGUAGUGGAUGUUUGGAAGCGAGGUCAGUUCCAUCAGCUGUACCUGCGGAUGAAGUGUGCUGUUAUCUGUGCGCGUCCUGUGUUGUAUGCGACUCUGAAUUCACAGCGGAUGUCGCUUGGGAAGAUCAUAUGAUGAAACAACACCCGGGCGUGAAACCUUUUCAGUGUGCUAUCUGUGGUAAGGAAGUAAACAACAUGCCCUCUCUCAGAGGACAUGUUUUCAAAGUACAUAACACAUUCAGUCAAAAAAUUUGCGAGCGAAAGUGGAACAAACGAAAACAAAACUUCCCCGGCAAAACUCGCGAGCCGUGUUAUCUCUGUAUGGGAAGUGGCAAGUCCAACAUAACGGCCUUGAAAAACUCUGAAAAAGUGAUUCCACAGGAUGAUCCAAAAGUUUGGCUACGAAAAUAUGAGAAACGCUCAAAGGCAAAAGGGUCUACGGAGUGUUCGGUUUGUGGGAAGGUCCUCAGCAACACGUACUUCCAGAAACACAUGAAGAUCCACACAGGCUUCAAAACUCACAAGUGCCCCAGGUGUCCAAAAACAUUUCGCGAGUCCGCGGGGCUUCGUCACCACGAGAGGACUCACACCGGUGAGCGCCCAUACAAGUGUAAUGAGUGCGGGAAAACGUUCACCCACAAUGCCGCCAUUUCACGGCAUAUGAGAAUUCACACACAAGCUAAGAUACACCCAUGUCAGUUAUGUGAUAAAAAAUUCACGCGACGUGAUGGGCUACUCAAGCACAUGGAGGUUCAUGAUGGGAUGAAAGAGUUUGACUGCUCUCUGUGUGUUCAAACAUUCAAGCACAAAACCAGCCUCGUACGACAUUAUAAAACUUUCCAUGGCGUUGAUGUCAGGGCUAUGCAUCCUGCAUAAUGGCUUAGUAAUUCUCAGCCUUUGUUUAAUUAAAAAUUUACCCUAUGAAGACUUUUCUUAAAGUAAAAGAAACUAAAAAUAUGAAGAAAGGUUUAUCACAUAGACAACUGAAAGCUAUGCGUAAAAAUACUGACAUUUAUUUUUUUUAGAUUUUUUUGAAGUGUUGAAAGGCAUUCAGAUAUUCAAAUUGUAUAGUGAGCUUCAUGAGCCAUACUGACAGCAUGUAGGAACUCUUGACAUCACAUCACCUUUCCUCAAAACAAGGAAGGAAUUUUUGAGAACAGUAUUUCAGUAAUCUUUUACUCAUGGGUAAAAAGAGUUAUUCCAACAUUCAGAGUCGUAAUUAGAGUUAGAAAAACUUCCUGUGACGAGUUCCUAACCUCUGAUAGUAUGGUUCAUAAAUCCCACCUAAGAAUUCAAACAUUUGAACGCCUUUAACUCUCUUCAGAAAAAAUAAAUCAAAAUAUAUUUAAAGUGGUCCAUUAAAUGAUGCCAACUUCGAUUUUUAGAGAUCUUUUCCUUUAAAAAUUCAAACUCAGAACAUGUACUUCUGAAGUUGUUUUUAUUUAAAUGGGAGGUAGUACAGUAUGUACGUAAAAAUCACCUCAAUAAUUCUCUGUACAUUGAAUCAAAUUUUCCUUUUUAUCUUCUCUUCAUUAUUUUGUUAGUAAAAUUUUUCAAAAUCUUUCUUCUAUUUUUUUUUUUAGGUAUUACAUACAGGUAACUUGGAAUGUAGAAUUGAUACGUUCACAAUUGUUGAUUCUGAAUUUCCAAGUCGUGUUUUCCAACAGUGUUUAUAAUUGCCUUUGGCUAACAACAUUCUCACAUUUAAAUUAGAUUAGUCAUGUUUUUCAGGGGGACCUCUAGUGUAGCUCAAAGCCAUUUUAAAAUAUUUGAUGUCCACGUGUAUGUUGUGGUGGUCAGAAAAUCUUGCGGAACAGGAAUUUCAGGAAGAUAUUUAUUAUUUUCUGCAUGACUUUGGUUUCAUGGGUUUUGAAGAAGAAACUAUUAACCUGCGGAAUUGAUGAAAUGUUCAGUUUGGGUCACUUCUUGUAUUUUUCAUUAAGCCACUGAUUAAUGACAUAACUGUACUGUUUCAUUUUGUUUUGGAAUUAUUUCAAGCUCUGUUGCUGAAGCUUAUAGUGUUACCUUGAAAUGUGAAUAUGUACAUGUUAUCAAAAUGAACCAGUAGGUGUUCUAAUAAAAGUGACU